CGCCCAAUUGCUUGCGUGCUUUGGUUCGGGAUGCCACACUUUUUGACAAGACGGGCAAGACGACCCCCCCAUCGUAGGCUCCGGGGUAGCAUCCAGCAGAAUGGCGAUCAAUGCGGGGUACUAAAGUUAGCAUUAACCACCACACCCACACCACGCCUACCUACAACAGCCAUAAAAACCGACAACAUCAGAUAGGCCGGCCAGACGGGUCAUCUGGUCCGCGAUCUGCCUGUCAGUAGUGGGGGCAGCUUCUUCGAUUGGCUUAGCUGAUAGGACGCACUUUCAGCUUGCGGAAGGAGACUCUCGAAAUGGGUGCCAUCCAGCACCGAAACUGGUGUGCGCCACUGGAAUGCCGAAACGGCAAGCCCUUCGCUUCUGGACCACACAGCGGCACAAGCCAAUAAUGCGAGGACUUCGGCUUGUAGUCUUCCCUUGCCGUCGAGAUCGCCACAUCGGUUGUAUGCUGCUGACAGUUAGCAAUAUGUCUUGGGUGUCCUAGAAGAAGUCUGGUGAGAAUGGGUCUAGUGUAACGCGGGGAGAGGCAGAAGAUAUGGGUCCAGACGGUCUGGCUGGUAUAUACCCCCUCAGUGCACUGCCGCUCGAUAUUCUGACGGUUAUUCCUCUCGAAGCGUUGUGCGCGGAAUGCAGCAUCAAAACUGUCCGACAAAAUCAUGACCUGCUCAAUAUUCUCAUGAUUCCGAUUCCAACCGAGGCAUAGGGGUGAGACGACAGCGACAAGAUGUUUCAGGACCCUUCUCGUCGGUCAUGGCGGACAGGAGACGCCCCCGUGGUCCUGACACAACCAUCUCCGCUCAGCCAAGCGGGCAGUUGGAGAGACUAUGAAAGAGACUUCAUGCCCGAGGUUCGGGCGAAACCAGCCAACAUGGCUCCCCGGAGAAUGGCGUCCCUGCGCCGGAUCUCGCCACCAGAUUACAAGCCAACGCCGUUGAGAAGAUCGUUCCUGGUGAUACUGAUCGUCUUGCUGCUGGUCUUUAUCGUGUUGCUCGAGUGUGCAUGCCAGUUCCUGCCUACGGAGCAAGACAGGAGGGUUAUACCAGAGCCCAAGCCAAGCCCGACGAGCAACGUCAACAGCACGCCGACAGGCGUCGACAACCCUCCGUUGCUGAAGCCGAGAUUGCAAUUAUCGAGACGACUGUUACAGAACGCAACGUUGGAUGACGAGAGAGACAACGCACCCGCCAGUUCUCCAGCGAACACGGUGGUCCCGAUUACGAUAUCCACUGAUUUGCCGGACUCAACUUCGCAAGUAGUACCGGGAGACUCUGUACAGAUCGGAACCGUAGCAGUUGGGUCAUCUCCCACAACUGCCGCAGCAACCGACGGCAGGCCUAACCCGCUAAGGUCUGAAUCUACCGUUACAGAACCCCCCCUCACGCAACCAAGCAACUUUGCAGAUAUCGGCAGCCAGACCCUCAUCUCAACCAAAACAGACCCCGACAACCCCCUCAUCGGCGACAGCGGCAAUUUCGGCCAAGACGGCACCCAAACCAUCACCGAGGCCGCCCAAGAUGCCAACCCCGCCGGCUUCAUCGGCAUCGUCCUUCCCUCCACCACUCUGGACGAGGUUGUAUCAACCGUGACAAAAGAGACCACCAUCAUCGGAGUACCAGCGACAACAACAGUGAUAGGGGUCACAACCGAGAGCGGCCUUGUCCUCUCCUUCACUGAGACCCGGACCGUCGACCAAGUUGUGACGUUGGUGCCAUCACCAACGACAAUCUUCAAUGUUGUUACAGCCGUGUCACCAUCGUUUGUGACGCUGUCUGUUGAGGUCUUGAGUGAUGAUGACGGGACCCCGACCGUCACAGUCAUCAACACUCCUCCACCUGUCUUUUCUCCGGAAGUUAUCACGGUGACCGACUCGAGAGGUGUUCCGACACUGACAGUUACCACAGACGUGGUGGUGCCGCCGAGAACCAAGGUUGUCACCAACUUCCAGGGAGUCCCAACAGCCACCAUCACCGAGUUCCCAACCGUCCCCACUGAUACCCCAAAGAAGCCCCAAGCAGAGGUCUCAGUCUACUUCAUCUCUCGGGUCCAAUAUUUUGUCGGAUUCUUUUUGCCAACAAUCCUGGCAGUCAUGCUCACCAUCCCCAUCCGCAUGAUCGACAUGGCCGCGAAGCAAUAUCAGCCCUGGCACGCCUUGACACAACGCAUGGGCGUCCCGGCUGAGGAGUCGUUAUGCUUGCGAACAGGAGGGUUCCAUGGGAUCGUGUCCAGCUUCAAAGCGAUGGCUACAGGUCAGAUGUUGAUGGUCUUGACGACAUUGUUGACGAUUGCCUCCGUAUUCUUGGUGCCGUUGUCCUCUGAGGCAGUGGCGUUGAAGCUGCAUGGCAGCUGUACGCCCACCAACUUCAAUGGCUGUGCCAUGACCUUGGGGGUUUUCCUCGGUCCGGCCCGAGCGACAACCGCCCUGCUCAGCUUCAUGGUCGUCCUCCUGAUCUUGAUCAUGAUCGUGCUCCGCAAAUGGCGCACUGGCGUAGCAGCCAAUCCGUGGACCAUUGCUGGUAUGGGUUCGCUGGCUACCAACAGGGAAACCCGCGCUGCAUUCUGCUCCCUUCCUCCCGACAAGGGGAAAGGACUUAGUCACGACAAACUGGUGAACGGCUUUGGUGACAGGACGUUCAGACUGGGCCACUUCUUCAACCACUACGGUAUCCCCGAAUACGGCGUCAUGGCCAGCAGGGCAAACGUCACUAUUGUUCGUCCAGACCGACCGGAUUCUGUCAGCACAGGCACGACCUCCCCUCAACACGAGCUGCUCGAGGGUCAAAACUCCAACGCAAAGGACGAGCGCCACCUGCCGUUCCUGAUGCUGUCAUACAGUGGUAGGAUUGCAUUCCUGCUUCCCUUGACCGGGAUCAUGGCCGUUGUGUUAUACUACAACAACACCGGUGGUGACACGGGCUUCGAACGGUUCAUGAGCACCCAAAACUUUGGCGUGAGGUCGUUGUUCACGUUGAUGGGUGUUGGGAUAACCUUGUUUUGGAGUGCCUUUUUCACGAACCUGGCUAUUCUCAGCCCGUACCUUCUCAUGUCUCAAUCCCCUCGGCCGGCCCAUCAAUCCAUCACUUUGUCUCCGCCAAUGAACGCCUUUUCCGGCAUCUGGAGCGCAAUCAAACGCCGGCACAUCUUCCUCAUCGUCGUUGCCUUUGUCGCAAUCUUGUCUGAAUUCCUUCCCAUCCUACUGAACAACGUGCCGUUCCGUGUCACGCAGACGUGGAUUGCAUCGCGGGUGUGUACCUGGCUGGCCGUCGCCAUCAUGGCCAUCAUGUGGAUUGUCGUCGCUGCCAGCUUUUUUAUCAAAUGGCCGCACAUGCCUGUUGACCCUAGCACGAUUGCGGGAGCAAUGUAUUAUGUGUGCGAUUCGUGGAUGUUGUGGAGUUUGGAAGGGUUGAGCCAGGUUCCCAAGAAGGAACGCGAUCGGAAGGUGAGGGAGAUGGGGAUGCAGUACGCGUUUGGGAACAUCGUGGGACAGUCGGGGAAGAAGAGGGUGGGGGUUGAUGGGGUGAAGGAGUUUGCAUGA